GGCUCCGAUCUGGUGAAAAUAUCAAGGUUGAAACUGCCUACUUCACAAACAGGAAAUGAAAGGUUUAAAAUCAUAUUUCAAAAGGCUAAAGCCUACACCUCCGGAAGAAAAUGUUAUUGAUGUUGAAGUUCAACCACAAUCUCCGCCUCAAGAUUCUCAAGGAGCAAGUGUACUUGAUAAACCUCAAGGGCAAUCUCCGAUUCAUGAAAAUCAAAAUGAAGUUGACAUAACAAAUUUUGAAUCGGAUCCAGGAAAAAGGAUUCCAAUCCAUUUGAUGACAAAGAAUCCGAUUGAGAGAGAAAAUAUUCGUCGAAGGGCAAGAUUUGAUGAAUGGGAAACGACAUAUUGAUGUUGCUCUUAUGUGUGUUACCGACCAAGCAAAAAAAGAUUAUCGUGUUCGGUUACAAUCAUCUUUGAAUUGUGUUAGAUUUCUUUUAAGAAAUGGUCUUCCUUUUC